CAUGGGAAACCAUAGAGCUGCGCAGUCAGGAUCGGCUGGUAAGAGUAGAAAGGAAGAAGCUUGGUUACCUUAGCUCCGUGGCUAACAGUUGUCUUUUUGUAGCUACACCGUAACCGCAGCGCAAAGCGUGAACAUAUUGCAAGACUUUUCAAUUGUAGCAAAGCAUCCUGCUUUUUUGAACGCACACCAUGGAGGACUGCUCAUUUAGGCCGUCCACCGAUAGUCUCGACGACCCCCCAAAUAGCCGCUUGUUUCUGGUGAUAAGCAAAUCCAUAACAGAGGAUGUUAUCCGGGAAAAUUUCUCAGUUUUUGGCGAAAUCCAGGACAUCUGGAUGGUAAAAGACAAGCAGACAAAAGAGUCGAAAGGAGUUUCAUUCGUUAAGUUUGCUAAAUCCUCACAAGCGUGCGCAGCCAUGGAAGACAUGCACGGGAAAUGUCUCGCAGAGGGAACCAAACCAAUCAAGGUGUUCAUGGCACAGUCGCGAUCCUCCGGUAGCCAUAGAGAUGUGGAAGAUGAAGAGCUGACCAGAAUAUUCGUCAUGAUUCCAAAGACCUUCACAGAAGACGAUUUGAAGGAAACGUUCAAGGAGUAUGGUGACAUAGAAUACUGCAUUAUCAUUAAGAACAAAACUACUGGAGAAAGUAAAGGUCUGGGAUACGUCAGAUACCACAAACCAUCACAAGCAGCAACCGCCAUAGAGAACUGUGACAAAACAUUCCGGGCCAUAAUCGCCGAGCCCAGGACCAAAAACUCCGGCGCUGACAACGACUACUUCAGCAACGCCCGGGCAGAGCACGUGGCGGGUGACCCAGGGAUGAGCGGCUACCCCUUCGCGGACGCCAGUAAUUACGGUAUGGCAGAUGGCCGGGGCUCUGACAUCAUCACCAGGUGCCUGAUGGUGUCGUCGCGAGCGAGCGUCACCCAGGAGCAGGUCUACGGUCUGUUUGACCUCAUCCCUGGGAUGGACUACUGCGAGAUGCAGAGAGAUCCAUACGGAUUUAACAAAGGCCAGGCUAUGAUUCGCUACAAUAACUUGGGCUCGGCUGUGUACGCUAAAGAGAAGCUCAACGGCUUUGAGUACCCUCCCGGGAACCGAUUGGUGGUGGCCUACAUCGACGAUGGCGAGGAUCGCUCCAGCCCUGUGGGAAAGAUGGCCAUGCAGCUGGUGGCCGCCCAGAUGAUGUCCAUGGUGUGGAACGGCCCCUCCGGUCCCCAGCUAAUGAAGACCAGCGCUGGCUUCUCAGCGCCCAGCGUGCCCCAGAUGGCGCGUGUGCAGACGGAUGUGGCCCUGCCCCCGCUGAAGAAGCUGGCGCCCUCGGACAGCUGGGUGAAGGAGCGGCUGUUUGUGGUGUUCAACCCUGCGCCCCUCCCCGUGGACGUGCUGGAGGACGUCUUCUGUCGUUUCGGCUCCCUCGUGGAGGUGUACCUGGUGCCCGGGCGAAACGUGGGCUACAUGAAGUACGCAGAGCGCAAGAACGCCAACGACGCCAUGGCGGCUCUCCACGGGAAAGUGGUGAACGGAGUCAAGCUGAAGGUGAUGCUGGCUGACCCCCCCAAAGAGGAGUCUCACAAGCGCCAGAGAACCUACUAGAACACCCCCCACCCACCCAGACGAGAAUUAAGUGACAUGACCCUUCAGCAUGACUGGACAUAGAGAGGAUGACGAGCGCGUAGCGACGGACAGUGACUGCUCUACCUUUACGUGACGGUGCUACUAACUGCAGCAUGCUCUUUACCCUUUACCCUCCGCUGUUGGAGCCAGUAUCCUAGCAACAUUAAAACCCAUACAACAUUGAAAAUGUGAUUUUUGGAAUCCCAUGAAACUGACAAUUUUACUUCACAUGUAUAUACCCAAAUGUCUUCAAUAAAGAAACGUGUUGACUUCA